CGAAUAUCCAACGCCCAACGUCAAACCAACUUCACCGCGGUCCGGAGGGGUGCAGGCGUGUGAGAAGCUCGACACACAGCUCAUAUUUGUCUGUUUGUUACAGCAACAAUAAAGGGUCAGAGAUUCAGUCCCGUGUUCAGCCUCAUCUGUAACCCAACACAACGCAGAGAGAACAGAGUCACGCACACGAGAGGAAUAGACGGGCUACACCAUGAUUUCAGCUCUACCACUGAGAUGGGUUCUACUGAUAUUUAUUUUAGCUGUCAUCCAUCAGGCUUCUUCUGAAUAUUUUUCACUGAAGGUUGAGUCUCCAGUCUCAGGGCUCCUUGGUUCCUCUGUGUCUCUACACUGUGCUGUCACCAACAACAUGGAUGUUCGACCCAUGGAAGUGCGCUGGUACCGUUCCAAUAUGUAUGACACCCCGGCUCUGUUCUACAAGGACGCACAGAUCCAGAAGAGUCCUGUAGAUGUUCAGUACCAGGGCAGAGUGUUCCUGUUAGGAGAUCUGGAGAAAGGAGACGUCUCUGUGAAACUGGAGAACCUGAUGCUAACAGAUAGAGGAGACUAUGUGUGUCAUGUGAAAAGUGAUAUCUGGUAUGAUGAGGCCACAGUGACCCUCAGACUGAGAGCGGUGGGAUCCACUCCUGUUCUCUCCAUACGUGAAGCAGGAGAAGGGAAGGUGAAUGUUAGCUGUCAGUCACAUGGUUGGGUACCUGAGCCAUCAAUCACCUGGACAGAUGAAGACGGGAGAGAUCUGAAACAUCUCAGUAACGACAAGUUCACCAACAACUCUGUAGGGACUGUAGAUGUGAGCUCGUGGCUGAUUGUGUCUCCCUCUGAGUCUGAGUGGAUCUCCUGCUCUGUGGGUUUGUCUGAUCAGGAGAGAAAAGAAGACAGAAUAAUGUUACACGUCCCUGCACGUGACACAGAGUCGUUGACUGGAUACAUCAUCAUCAUCAUUCCCGUUCUUCUGGUGCUGUGUGUCGUCGGAAUUGCACUGUAUUGUGUGCUACGUAAAAAAGGUCUGAUUCUCUCCAGGAGAAAAGGGACAGAAAGUACAGGAGCAGGAACUCAGUCAGAAACUGAACCUCUGAAUAAAAUCCGUGUGGAGAAUCAGGAUCCGACUGACGCUCCAUCUACAGAUCCCAAUCAGCAGAAAUCUUCUGAACAGCAAAAUCCAGAAGCAGUGAAAGAAAAAACACACUGUGCAGGAGAGCAGAGAGGAUUCAGCUCUUCCUCCAAUACUGAUGUACCCACCAUAUUAGAGACAGAACCUGCUGCCACCACUUCAGCUCCCACCCCCUGUAAAACCAACAUAAAUCCCAUAUCUGCUACCACGACCAAAAGUUCCACCCCCACUAUCAUCAGUUCAAUUCCCACAUUUGCUGCCCCUGUUGGGGAGAACGCUUCAGAAGACCCAAGUGUGGAUAGUUUGACAUCUUUAUUGGCUCAUGGGCUAACUUUAGAAGAUAUGCCAGUGUCUCAACAAACAACAGCAACUUUAAAGGAUAAGGGUGUUAGAGAGAAUGCUUCAGAAGACCCAAGUGUGGAUAGUUUGUCAUCUUUAUUCGCUCAACUUUUACAGGAAGCACAAGUGGAGAAACAGAAUCAGCUUUAAAGGACAAGUAUAAAGAUAAUUUAAUGAAGAAAGAACAAGAAAAAAUGGGCAGCAUUUUGGAACAGACUGCAGAAAUUCAGAUUUAUGCUUUAAUUUACAGGAGAUUUGUUAUAAACUAAAAUAACAAGAUGGAACUGCAGAGUAAACAACUCUUUGGGUAAACAAGCAAGAGAUAAACGAGGAACAAUUGCAUGAAAAAAUGUUGCAGUGCUUAGCCUGAGCACAGUGCAAAAAGUAGAGUAUAUACAUUGC